CACGACUGUGCCUCUGGCGCAAGCUUUACUUAUUAAGAAUUUGAUCUCUUAUCAGGUUGCUUCUGUACUUGAAAAUCCGCAUUCAUCUUCUGGCAAUCUCAAUAAGAAUCCAUACUUGACCGUUGACAUACUUUCAAAAUGUCAGUCUUAGUUGUUGAGACUGCUCCAUCUGCGACGCCACUGGGCCUCGAGCUUGUUGACUUGAAACUUCGAGUCCUCGAAAGUAACGUUCCCAAAGGUCUGGAUACCAUUACGCGAGCCAUAUACGAAACACAGGAUAUCGAGAUCGGAAAUCAAGAUACAGUGGCUGCUGCUAUCAAAAAGUACAAGGGAACGUCAAUUAACUUGAACGGAUUAUCUAUUCAAGGACGAAACCAACACCUCGCCACACUGGUGCAUGAGCAGAGCAUCACAACAGGAUUCAUAUCCGGUUGGAAGUGUUUAGUAGAGGCUGCACCAAAUAUGGGCCUUCACCCUAAGGUAGUUGAACAUGUUCGCAUUGCAGUAGACGUGUAUGAGAGACUAAGGAAAGGGACGAAAGGCCAUGCACCAAUUGAUGUCAAAAUGUCCAUUGGGUCACAGGCAGCUUACGACUCGAUCUACCGUCUCGGCCCAAAGUCUCUGGGAGGCACGGCCUGGAGAGCGAGUGAGGAAUAUAUGGCGUUUCUCAAGAAUCCUGCAUGGAGCGAUUCGGGUUAUUCGACUGGCAUUCCACCUUGCGUAGCAAUGGGUUGGGUGGGAGUCCAGAUGAAGGUCACUCCAACUCAAGACGUGCAAGAAGUUGUGAGGAUGCAACUUCUCGGUACGAUCGAUUUCGACCUUGACCAUCUUGAUGAGAACAAGUCUGGGUUCCAGAGCGGAUUUCGAUCCGCGGCAAUGCAUACUCGUGCUGUUGGCACUAGACUCCAAGGAGCGGCACUUAUUGGAAUGAUCAACUAUGAUCUUCAGAACUAUAUUCGCCCUAUACAAAACCGGUGGGCAGCAGAAAACAUCGGACCAUAUAAUCUUGGUCCUGCUGAUGUCUCCCCACAAGAUUGGACAGCAUAUCUGAUUGCCGAUUGUGCUGCUCUUGUCCCGUUCGCAUAUGACAGGGACUACGAAAUCAGUUCUAUCGGUAUGGUCAUUGGAAUGAUUCUUCUUCAAUGCCAAGAUCUCCUGUUCGACACUGGAUGUUCGAAUCGCGUUGCCACGGUGGCAUAUGUCGAAGCUGCAGGUGUUGCAAAAUAUGGAAUCCACGCUGCUUAUGCCAUAGCUGGCUAUGAGGCAAUAGCCAAGACCUUUGUUGACUCUUUGCUCGUUUCUGACGGAGCAAGCACUCCUCACUUUGGGUAUUCAGCGUGUAUGGCAGCUGGACCAUGGGGACCGUACGGGACUAGGUAUCGAGUUUGGGAGCGAUGUGUCAAGUAUAUCCGACAACUGAAACAAUCAGAGCACCCCGAAGCCAAAGCGCUUCUCAAGCUUUCGUCCCAAGAUAUGAUGUUGAGAGACUACGAUCCGCAGAAUGAUAUCGGUGGCGGCGAGUGGGCCCGAGCAAUGAAGUCAAAUGCUUCAGACCUAGUCUCUAGACCAACUGUAAAGUAUUUCAUCCCAGCGUCUGCUUCCGAGCUGUUCGAUACUCCGGGAGUUGACAAGUCCGAAUUGUGUGAGGUAUGUGUUGUCGAGUUCGACGCGAUUAUGGCAAGCAAAGAGCUUGAGGAGGUCCACGCUCAAGCAGGUCUUCCGUCGAGCGUGUUGGUAGGCACCUUCGGACGACCAGCACGUCUCGCUGUGGGUCUUCAUCGUGCAGCGUUAUGGGCUACCACUAGCAAAUGCUGUGAUGUUUGCGCGUGCAGAGUCGGGUAUUGGGCGGACGCCGCAGCGUAUGGGGUUUUGAGUGCUCUGAUGCACGACGAGCCAUUGCUAGGACCUUCGUUGUGGAUGUUGCAGAACUACUUCGUUGGCUGCAUUACAUUUUGGCCCGUGUCUCUCCCAUUCCUCCUUCCAGGCUUCGACUUGAUUGCAGAUUUGUCCUUCGAAGACGGAGCCAUGGGGGACAGAGACGUGGUCGACAUCUAA